AUGAUUGAACAAAUGAGGGGAGGAACACAACAAUAUUCUGGACCUCCGCUACCACAACAUUCCCAACCAUUUCAAUCACAACAAAAUCACGUGCCGUCAUUACCUCCAUAUAUUCAAAAUGGACCAUCGUUGAUGACACCACAGAUGCAACAACAGCAACUUCGAACAAUGGAUAUGUCAUCUCUAUCUAGCGCUUUGCCUCCAUCACAAAAUAUUAGAGCCGCUGCUCCAAUGCCAAAUCAGUUCGGCCCACCACCAAAUUUAGUUCCAGAAGCAUUUCAACAACAACAACAACAAAGUCCUUCUCCUAUCCCUCCUCAGUAUCAACAACAGUCGACAUUUCAAGGCCAAGCAAAUCCAUCCGUUUCAAAUCAAAAUCGAGUAUCACCUCAAAUUCCAUCACAUUUUCCACCUCAGCCUCCAUCAAAUCUUUCUGGACCGCCAUCAGCUGCUUUUCCUCCUUACAAACAACCAUUUCAAGUAUCGCAAAUACCUACAUUUCAAAAUCAGCAAACUCCACAAAGUCUUUCUGGACCCGUCGGUUAUUCUCAGCAGCCGCCAUUAAUGCCACCUAUUACAAAUCAGCCGAAUUUAUCUGGACUGAAUAGUUACCCAAACCAACCGUCUUCUAUGCCUCCAUUUUCUAAUCAACAGUCAAAUCUUUCUGGACCAACUUAUUCUCAGCAACAACGAUCACAAGCAUAUCCUCCGGGAAUGCAACCAAUUUCGAGCCAAUCAAAUUUGUCGGGUCCACCAGUACCUGGUAUACAACAACAAAAUGGAUCUACGGGUUAUCCAGGUCAACCAUCAGCUGGACCUCAGUUUCAGCAGUCACAACAACAACGUAUCGAUCCCGAUAUGAUUCCGAAUGUCGUUCAAGUACUCGAACAAAUGCAAGAAAAAACUCAAGAACCGUUUAUCACAAAUACAUUAGGUGUACUACCUCCACUAGUUGCUACAAAUUUUAUUUGUCAGGAUCAAGGUAGCUGCAAUCCACGUUUCAUUCGUGCAACAACAUACAGUGUUCCAAACGCUGCAGAUAUGAUUAAACAAUCACAUAUACCAGUUGCUUUAGCUAUAUCGCCGUUAGCCAGUUUACGAUCAGAAGAACUCGAACCUCCAAUAACAAAUUUCGGAGAUAUUGGCCCGGUUCGUUGUCACCGAUGCAAAGCUUACAUGUGUUCAUUUAUGCAAUUUAUUGAUGGGGGAAAACGCUUUAUUUGUGCAUUUUGUAAUCAGUGUACUGACGUUGGAACAGAGUAUUUUAAUCAUUUGGAUCACAAUGGACGAAGACUUGAUUGGUAUCAAAGACCAGAAUUAUGUCUCGGUUCAUAUGAAAUAUUAGCGACAAAACAAUAUUGCAAAGAUGAAAAAUGGCCAGAAGCACCCGCAUUUAUAUUUAUGAUUGAUGUAUCUUAUAGCAGUGUACGAAGUGGAUUACUACAUUUUAUUUGUCAAAUAUUAAAAGAUGAAUUAUUGAAUUAUUUACCAAAAGACAAAAACGCUGAAACAUCAACAGUUAGAGUUGGAUUUGCCACAUUCGACAAACAGUUACAUUUUUAUAAUAUUAAAAAUACAUUGGGUCAACCACAAAUGAUGAUUGUAUCAGAUUUAGAAGAAGUGUUUAUGCCAUUAUUAGAUGGUUUUCUUGCAUUACCAGACGAAUCACGUAAUGUUAUUAACAGUUUAUUAGAUCAGAUACCUCAAACAUUUGCUCAUACCCAAGAAACAGAAACUAUAUUAGGACCGGUUAUACAAGCGGGAAUUGAAGCCUUAAAAGGCGCUGGACGCGUUGGUAAACUAUACAUCUUUUCUACGACUUUACCGAUUGCUGUUGCUCCCGGCAAAUUAGCCAAUCGUGAUGAUAAAAAAUUAUUAGGCACCGACAAAGAGAAGAUAAUCUUAGCUCCCGUGAACAAUUUUUAUACAAAAUUAGGCGAAGAAUGUGCACAAAAUGGGUGUGCAGUCGAUUUAUUUGUAUUUCCAAAUAACUAUCUUGAUUUAGCUACUAUUGGAGAAGUUUGUCGAAUAUCUGGUGGACAAAUGUAUAAAUUUAAUUAUUUUUCGGUUGAAAACGAUGGUGAGCGGUUAUUAAAUGAAUUGAAAAGAAAUUUUCAGCGUACUACAGUGUUUGAUGCAUUGAUGCGUGUUCGAACUAGUACAGGAAUUCGACCAAUUGAUUUUCUUGGAAAUUUUUAUAUGACAAAUGCAACUGAAAUGACAUUUGGUUCAAUUGAUUCUGAUAAAUCCGUAUGUGUUGAGUUGAAACAUGAUGAUAAACUUCCAACAGAAACGAAUACAUUUAUACAAGUAGCAUUAUUAUAUACAAGUAUAUCUGGGCAAAGACGGUUACGUAUUUUAACGUUGGGACUAACUGUUACGGCCGCAUACACAUCGUUGUAUCCAGGAUGUGACUUAGAUGCAGUAAUGAAUUAUACCGCAAAAGUUGUUAAUCAAGCUGCGAAUAUGUUAGCGUGUUAUAGAAAAAAUUGUGCUCAAUCCACAACAGCUGGACAAUUAAUAUUACCUGAAACAUUAAAGCUUUUGCCGAUUUAUGUAACAGCAUUAAUCAAAUGUGAUGCAUUAAUUGGAACUCAAACGGUGACAACAGACGAUCGGAGUUGGCUCAUUCACAAAAUAAUGGCCAUGGAUGUUAAAUCAACAUUUGCAUACUUAUAUCCAAGAAUAUUUGCACUACAUAAUAUUGAAGAAGAUACAAUACCACCGAUGAUUCGUUGUUCAUAUGAACGUUUUUCAGAAACGGGCGCUUACGUACUUGAAAACGGUUUAGUAAUGUAUAUAUGGCUUGGUAGUCAAAUAAAUCCAACAGUUAUCCAAUGUUUAUUUGGCGUUCCGUCACUCUCACAAGUUGAAGCAGAAAAGUGUAAAAUUCUUGAUCUCGAUAAUCAAAUAUCAAAAAAUGUUCGAAAUUUGUUAAAUUAUAUUAGAAAUGAUAGAAAUUCUCAUCUAAAACUCUUUAUUGUUCAUCAACGGGAUUCAAUUGAACCAUUUUUCAAAAAUUAUUUAAUUGAAGAUAAAGGUUUUACGGGUGGUGCAUCUUACGUCGAUUUUCUUUAUCAUUUACAUCGAGAAAUUCGAAAUAUUUUACAAUGA